GUAGCGGACUUUCCGGGAUCUGAUUUCCGGCUGAUGUAUUAUUUUGGUUAGUAACUUAACUGUGGCGGUGCUGUCACUGUCAGCUUAGCAGGGAGUCAGAUGGCUAAAGUGGAGCUGGCACCGCUUAGACCAUGGGACGACUUCUUCCCCGGGUCGGAAAGAUUCGCCAAACCGGAUGGCAAAGAUCUGGCGAAAUGGAACAACCGAGUUGUCAGCAAUCUGCUUUAUUAUCAAACCAAUUAUUUGGCUUUGGCCGUCGUUGUUUUCCUCGUUGUAGGGUUCCUGAACCCUCUGGGGAUGUUAACAGCCAUGGUCGUGGUGUCGGGCGUCUUCCUGGGUUCAGUGUGGGCCGGAGAGAACCGAGCUGUGAUCAGCAACUUUAAGAGGCAAAAUCCCACAGCGUUUGUGAUCGCUGUCAUGGUCGCAAGCUACAUCUUAAUCUCUAUGCUGGGGAGCGUCAUGGUGUUUAUGUCUGCAAUCACUUUACCUCUGGCUUUGGUAUUUGCACAUGCCUCCUUUCGCCUCCGCAACAUGAAAAAUAAGCUGGAGAACAAAAUCGAAGGAGCCGGACUGAAGAGGUCACCGAUGGGCAUUUUGCUGGAAGCUCUUGGUCAGCAAGAGGAGAGCUUUCAAAAGAUCCAGAGCUUUCUGGAAGGAAAAUUGAAAGAGUGAUUGGACUUCAUGCACACAAAGAUCUUGACUUUUUUUUAUGUCUCAGUCUAAACCUCUUGAAGUUAGUUUCUUAUACAGUAUCUUCACAACAAGUGUGUGUUUUGAAAAGAAAGCUUGUAAUCUGAAGGGCUUUAUCUUUACCUCAGGGUAUCUGUCACUCCACUCAGAACUUGUCAGGGCACUUUUUCUUAAACCGUGAUGAGAGCAUCUCACUUCUCUGCUAUGCAAUGUGUCAGUGUUUCUGUGCACCACAGCUGCAGACUCCUUCCUAGGUAUGAAAUCUGUGUUUAAUGAGUCUCAGAAACAGCCGGCGGCCCUGCCAGUUGGUUUACGCUCAGAAUCAUGUGAAUAAUGUCUCCUCACAGAAAAUCUAAGUUUGCUUAAGUAUGCCGUUGAAUAGAAACCAACCAACCAUAUGUUCAUGCAGAUGCAAAAGAGAAAGCCCUGCUUUGUCUUGAAUUAUGAAAUCCAUGUGACUCCAAACGCUGAUCUCUGUGUCAGUAUUUAAAAUAAAGACUUCAAAGGAGUGUGAGGUCUUAACCCAUGGCCAUCAGUAUUCCUCCUGCACCUCUUGACUGUUUAAUCUUGACAAUGCCCUCUGGGUGACGGAUUGGCUAACUCCGCUCCACUUACACCAAUGCUAAUCAAUGGGCUGCAGUAGAUUAUAGUGUGGAGAGCUGAGCGCUGCACAGCGACAGAGUGGAUUCAUCUGCACAUCGCUGGGUCAGCUCCUUUUUUGUUUUUUUAUUGGAUUCCAUUUGAAAUUGACUGCAGAUAACGAGAAUCCAUGUGGAACACAAUGCUCUGUUAUUUGGUCAUGUGGCUUUAAGGAUUGGGGGAAACAUGAAGAUAAGAAUGAUGAGCAUUAAAAAGUAAUCGCUUUAGAGUGCUGUUUUUUUUUCAAACACGUCCACGUUAACCCAUUUAAUAUCAAAAUUACGCAAAUCCAUUUCAGACAGCAUCAUUUCUCUGUUAGGUAUAAAUGGCAUUUUUUCAAGUGAACCCUUUUGAUGACCUGUGCGCACUCGGGUGUAGUUUAACUUUGACGUGAGCUGCAAGGCUCUGUGCUAGGGUAGUGAUUUAUGUCCUCUCCCGCUUAGUUUCAUCUCCAUCCAUAUUGUGCAACUUGGAAGGAGUAAACACAACAACUGGUGGCAAUAAACUCAAGUAAAGUCAUGUCUCUCAGGGCACAUUGGAGGCCCUUGUUCAGCUGCAGCUGCUGGAAGGAUCCUACCAACACGUGCGUGCUGCUGCACCCCCAACAGGUGUGUGUGUAUCUGGGGUUUUCUCCUCAACAGAUGUGUAAUACAGGAGGGGAAGUUUUACACACACACACACACACACACACACACAAAACAACACUCAACCUUUCCUGGUGUUUUUGCGUGAAUCAACAACACUGAACUCGCUUGUCAUUUUGAAACAACCAUAAUUGCGUUCAAAGGUAAUCUUAAGUGAGGCAACAGAAGUCAGCGGAUGCGACACAAAAACAAACCUGUGUACUAUUUCUGCGCUUGCUGCUAAGUAACAGCACAGUUGUCCGUGUGCAGGCUUCUUGACUUGCAACAUCUGCCUCCUGUUUCCACAACACAAAGGCGUGGGACAGGGAGUCAUCUAGUAAUAAUACAAUACUUGAUGUUGUUGGCCGUGCACACUUUGACAGCACGCUGCCUUUUGGGUUGACCCCCCUCCAUCCCUCAACUUGCCUGAGAGGCUUCGGCUUUUGGCCCGGCCAAGCUGGUUAGCUCGCCUCAUAACUAUGACAAGCCGUCAGUCAGCAGAUCUGGCUGCUUGGAUCUACGCUACAGACGUGACACAUAAAUGAUAACCUGCUGUGACCUUUGCGGUCCGGUGUAUCUUUAUGUGAGCUCUGCAACCUUCCCAUAAACCCAUGCUGCCUUUACUGCCUCCUCGACAGAAGGUCAUCCGUAUUAGACAAUGUGACCGAUCAGCUAAUCCAACUAUUCACCCUUCAUAACUUGUCCGAGCCAUUACUCCCUGGGUCAAGGUUAAGUGUGCUGAUCCUGGGGAAGCCACGGCGCAGCAUGAUUUAUAGUCACUUUGAUCGGAGUUUGAGUUAAGCUGAGCUCUGGGGCCGGUUGACGUGUGUGACAUAUUGUUUGGGUAUUUUUUUAAGAUACUAAUGCCGAAUUGAUACCAGUUUGACACCUAAACGAUACUUAUUUCAAUAGCUUACUUUGAGAAAACGUGUUUGUCUACAAAAAUAUUUUUGCAAUUAACAACGGUCUUGAAUGCAACUGUAAAAACACAUGCAGAUGUAUAAUUACUUUUUUUUGAAUAAAACAAUCAAAUCAA